CCUUUCUAAAUACAGAAAGUCAUCUUCAUCUCUCCCUCUCUUCCCAUCUUCUGCCUCCUCCAACUCCGGACUUCGUCUUCGCAACGCCUCCGCGCUCGGUUCUUCUGCAACAUCUCAACUCCAACUUGCAAAAACGCCUGCUUAUUUGCAUUGAGAGAGGUGUAAUAAGGUUUCAGUGGCUACUGCAAAAUGGAGUAUUGUAACUGCUUUGAGUCACCAUGGCCUGCUGAUGAAUUGCUAAUGAAGUAUCAGUAUAUAUCGGAUUUCUUCAUAGCAUUGGCGUAUUUCUCAAUCCCUUUGGAGAUAAUAUAUUUUGUCAAGAAAUCUGCUGUAUUUCCUUAUAGAUGGGUUCUCGUGCAGUUUGGUGCUUUUAUUGUUCUUUGUGGAGCAACACACCUGAUAAAUUUGUGGACAUUUACUAUGCAUACGAGGACUGUGGCAGUUGUGAUGACUACAGCCAAAGUUUUAACAGCUGUUGUGUCUUGUGCAACAGCACUUUUGCUAGUACAUAUCAUCCCUGAUCUAUUAAGUGUCAAAACAAGGGAACUAUUUUUGAAAAAUAAGGCUGCAGAACUAGACAGAGAAAUGGGCUUGAUCCGUACACAGGAAGAAACUGGUAGGCAUGUAAGGAUGCUAACUCAUGAAAUCAGAAGCACUCUUGAUAGGCAUACCAUACUGAAGACUACUCUUGUUGAGCUUGGAAGAACAUUGGGUUUGGAAGAGUGUGCAUUAUGGAUGCCAACACGGACUGGGCUAGAGCUCAAUCUUUCCUACACUCUCCGCCACCAAAACCCGGUUGGUUUGACCGUGCCCAUACAACUACCUGUAAUCAAUCAAGUAUUCAAAACUAGUCGUGCUGUAAAAAUCUCUCCAAUCUCCCCUGUUGCCCGGCUUCGACCUGCUGGACAAUACAUGCCAGGAGAGGUGGUUGCUGUGCGCGUCCCUCUCUUGCAUCUGUCCAAUUUUCAGAUCCAUGAUUGGCCUGAACUGUCAACUAAAAGAUAUGCUUUGAUGGUUUUAAUGCUCCCUUCAGACAGUGCUAGGCAGUGGCAUGGGCAUGAAUUGGAGCUUGUUGAGGUGGUAGCAGAUCAGGUCGCUGUUGCUCUCUCCCAUGCUGCAAUUUUAGAAGAAUCAAUGAGGGCAAGAGAUCUUCUUAUGGAACAGAAUGUUGCCCUAGAUCUGGCAAGACGAGAAGCAGAGACGGCUGUGCGUGCUCGUAAUGAUUUCUUGGCUGUCAUGAAUCAUGAGAUGGGAACUCCUAUUCAUGCAACAAUUGCUUUGUCUUCCUUACUACAAGAAACUGAGCUGUCGACUGAGCAACGUCUAAUGGUUGAAACAAUCCUGAAGAGUAGUAACCUGUUGGCUACCCUUAUUAACGACGUAUUGGAUCUUUCGAGGCUUGAAGAUGGUAGCCUUCAACUUGAGAUAGAAACUUUCAAUCUUCAUUCACUUUUCAGGGAGGUACUUAAUUUGAUAAAACCUAUUGCAGCUGUGAAGAAGUUAUAUGUUAUGUUGAAUUUGUCCCCUGAUUUGAUUGAACAUGCUGUGGGUGAUGAAAAAAGACUGAUGCAAGUUCUACUGAAUGUUGUUGGAAAUGCUAUUAAGUUUACAAAAGAGGGAGGCAUCUCGGUAUUAGCUUCUGUUGCAAAGCCCGACUCUCUAAGAGAUCCUCGAGCCCCUGAUUUUUUUCCUACACAUAGUGAUAAUCACUUCUAUUUGCGUGUAGAGGUAAAAGAUACUGGCUCAGGAAUUAACCCACAAGAGAUUCCUAAGCUAUUCAUGAAAUUUGUGCAGAGCCAACCACUUGCCGUGAAAAAUUCUGGUGGUAGUGGCCUUGGCCUAGCAAUUUGUAAGAGAUUUGUCAAUCUCAUGGAGGGGCACAUUUGGAUUGAGAGUGAAGGUCUUGGCAGGGGUUCUACUGUGAUCUUCAUUGUUAAACUUGGAAUUCCCGCUCGCUUAAAUGAGUCCAAGCUUCCAUUUUUGCACAAAGGCCCUGGAAAUCAAGUAAAGUUGAUUUUUUCUGGGCUUAAAGUUGUUGUGAUGGAUGAUAACAGUGUUGGUCGUACGGUAACCAAGGGCCUCCUUGUGCACCUAGGAUGUGAUGUGUUGGCUGUUUCAUCCGGAGAUGAGUGUGUUAGAGCUGUAAGUUACGAACACAAGGCUGUUUUCCUUGACGUGAGCAUGGCAGCUGUUGAUAGUUUUGAAGUUGCUGUACGGAUCAGGGAGAAGUUCUCUAAACGUUCAGAUAGACCUUUUAUCGUUGCACUAACUGGAAAUACUGACAGAAUGAUAAAAGAGAACUGUCGAAAGGUAGGCAUGGAUGGAGUCAUACUGAAGCCUGUGUUGGUAGAUAAAAUGAGAAGUGUUCUGUCUGAUCUCUUAGAACACGGAUAUCUUGUCGAAUCUCAAUAACGUUGGGAGUGGAAGUGCUAAGCUACCAAGUUCUUGCGCCUCUUGAUGGAUGGUUGCAGUGUCCGAAUGGGGGUGCCGGUGAUUGAUAUAUGACAAGAAUGAUGAUCACGGCGGAGUUGUGAAGAUGACUUGUUCUGACUUCUGAGGUAAUCUUAAGUUGCCUGCUUAUAGAUGAUGAGCUUAAUUUAUUUUUCUUCUAACUUAGUUUCAACUGUAAAGUUAUGUGCAUUUUUAUUGAUAUGUAGGACAGUCCAUCUGUGAUAAAUUAAUUAAAAUAAUAAAAAGUUAUGAGUCUGAUUUUUCAA